AUGCGUCUUUUGCAGAUUGAUGAGAACAGCGAGUUCAGCCUGACCGAUGACCUGAUCAACAAUAUUCCACCUUAUGCUAUCCUUUCACAUACAUGGGGAGAAGACCAUGAAGAAGUCAGCUUUAUAGACCUGACUAGAGGCCCGAGGAGGACAAAAGCUGGAUACAAGAAGCUUCGCUUCUGUGCAAAGCAGGCUGCACGUGAUAGCCUACAAUACUUUUGGGUGGAUACAUGCUGCAUCAACAAAGAGAACAAUACUGAGCUUUCAGAAGCCAUCACUUCGAUGUAUCGUUGGUAUAGCAGAGCGGCGAAAUGCUAUGUAUACCUUUCAGACGUUUCGAUUGUCGACGAUAACCUGGUCAGUCCGUCUUUACAGCCAUGGGAGUCCGCCUUUCGCAACAGCCGGUGGUUUACGCGGGGCUGGACGCUCCAAGAGCUUCUCGCUCCGCCUUUAGUCGAGUUCUUUUGCUCAAAGGGUACUCGACUUGGUGACAAGAGGUCUUUAGAGCAGCAAAUUCACGAGAUCACCAGGAUCCCGGCCAAAAUGCGUCAGACCAAGCGCGGUGAAGAUAAGGCGUAUUCUCUAUUAGGUCUUUUUGACGUCAGCAUGCCACUCAUAUAUGGGGAGGGCGACGAGAAGGCUUUCCGGAGGCUACAAAAAGAAAUCCGUGGUAGAACAGCCAGUUCUCUAGAUCGCUUACCGUAUGCUAUCGAAGCGCCCUUUAACUCAUUUACGAGACAACACGAACCCGCCUGCUUAGAUAAUACGCGUGUUGACCUUUUGAACGAUAUAUACGUUUGGGCAGACGGAAGAGACGAGCGAUGCAUUUUCUGGCUGAACGGCAUGGCUGGCACGGGCAAGUCAACAAUUGCACGCACAGUUGCCCGUAGGUACUAUGAGCAGCAGCGUUUUGCAGCCAGCUUUUUCUUCUCAAAAGGCGGCGGUGACAUCGGCCAUGCGAGACUGCUUAUCACCAGCAUUGCUAUGCAGAUCACACAGAAUAUACCUGCAUCCCGUCGGUAUAUCUGUGAGGCUAUUGCAGAGCGUAAUGAUAUUGUAACCCAGUCUCUCCGCGAUCAGUGGCAACAGCUCGUCCUGCGUCCGCUGUCGAAACUAGGCGAAAAGGGUAACCAGUCCGCGUAUGUUCUUGUGAUUGACGCUCUUGAUGAAUGUGAUAAUGAGAACAACAUCCGUAUCAUCAUACACCUUCUAGCUGAAGCUCGAUCGUUGAAGACGACCCGACUACGAAUCUUCCUGACUAGCCGACCGGAGAUUCCCAUUCGAAAUGGAUUUUGCCAGAUGGCAGACGUAGAGCAUCGAGACUUUCUACUUCACGACAUAUCACCAUCAAUCGUCGACCAUGACCUUUCCAUCUUCUUUGAAUACAAUCUCAAGCUCAUUGGACAAGAACAAUCUCUAGAUGCUUGUUGGCCGGGCGAAGAGAUUAUUAAGCGUCUGAUUCAAACUGCUAGAGGUCUCUUUAUCUGGGCCGCAACCGCUUGCCGAUUUAUUCAUGAAGGGAAACGAUUUGCAGCCAGAAGACUUGAUACGAUCCUUUCGGGCAUUAACAGCGCCUCGAUAGCACCGGAGAAGCAUCUAGAUGAGAUCUACACGACUGUGUUGCAACAAUCCAUUAUUGUAGAAUUCACUAAGGAGGAGAAAGAAGAAACGCUAAACGAGUUGCACUCCGUUAUCGACAUUCCGAAAGACCGAUUUCAGCCACUUCGUCUUCAUCAUCCCUCGUUUAGGGACUAUCUACUCAGCAAGAGCCGGUGUCAAGACCCAAACUUCUGGGUGAAUGAGAAGCAGGCGCAUCAAGUAUUAGCAGAAAACUGUUUACGGCUUAUGUCAACAUCACUGAAGCAAGAUAUCUGUGGGCUUAAUGCUCCCGGCAAGCUUGUGGCUGAGGUUGCGAGAAGCCGGAUUGAUCGCCAUCUUCCUCCUGAAGUCCAGUACAGCUGUCUUUACUGGAUGGAGCAUAUUCAGAAGAGCAGUGCUCAGCUUUGUGACAAUGACCAAGUGCAUCACUUCCUACAGAAGCACCUUCUUCAUUGGCUUGAGGCGCUUGGCUGGAUAGGCAAGAUAUCAGAAGGUAUUUACGCUAUUAUAGCUUUAGAGUCGUUUGUUGCUUCAGAUAAUUGUCCUAAUCUUUCGAAUUUUAUUUAUGACGCAAAGCGAUUUGUUCUUUCUAACCGAUCAUCUAUCGAGCAGGCUCCAAUUCAGACUUACUGCAGUGCCCUCAUAUUCGCACCAACAACAAGUAUGGUCAGAAAGCAGUUUGCAGACUGCAUUCCUAAGUGGAUAAAAACAUUGCCAAGGGUGGAGGAGAGUUGGAAUAUCAUACUACAGACGCUAGAGGGCCAUUCAGGCUCAGUUGGCACUAUAGCCUUCUCACCGGACGGCAAGAUACUGGCGUCAGGGUCAAGCGACGAGACAGUCCAGCUAUGGGAUGCCAGGUCAGGCGCAGCACUGCAAAAGUUAAGCCAUUUAGGCUCAGUCUCCGCUGUAGCCUUCUCGCCAAAUGGUAGGACGUUAGCAUCAGGGUCAAAGGACACAACGAUCAAGCUAUGGGACCCUGCGUCAGGCGUAGUACUGCAGACGCUAGAGGGCCAUUUGGAAUCAGUUCUCACUGUGGCCUUCUUGCCACCGGAUGGUGAGACGUUAGUGUCAGGGUCAAGGGAUGGAACAGUUAAGCUGUGGGACGCUGGAUCAGGCGUAUUGCUGCAGACGCUGAGCUAUCCAGAUCGGGUCUCUGCUAUGGCUUUCUCGCUAGACGGUAAGAUGCUAGCAUUUGGGUUAGAGGAGCACAAUAGGGUCCAGCUAUGGGACAUCAGAUCAGGCACAACACUAACACUAAGCCAUUCAUGGCGAGUCUCUGUUAUAGCCUUCUCACCAGACAGCAAGACGCUAGCAUCAGUGUCGUUGGAUGGUAUUAAGCUAUGGGAUGUCAGGUCAGGUGUAGCGCUGCAGAUGCUAGAGAGCUAUUCAGAAGAUGGUCUUACUAUAGCCUUCUCGCCAGACGGUAAGACGCUAGCGUCAGGAUGGGAGGACAGGACCAUUGAGCUAUGGGACACUGAGUCGGGUGUAAAGCUGCAGACGCUACAGGGCUAUUCAAAUGCAGUCUCUGCUCUAGCUUUCUCACCGGACGGUAAGAUACUGGCGCUAGGGUCAUGGGAUAAAACGGUUAAGCUGUGGGACGCUAAAUUCAAUGCAGCAUUACAGACGCUAGAGGGCCAUUCAGAAGAGGUUAAUGCUAUAGCCUUCUCGCCAGAUGGUAAGAUGCUAGCGUCAGGGUCAACAGACUGCGCAAUCAAGCUAUGGGAUACUAAUUCAGGCGCAGUGCUACAGACGCUAGGUGGCCCUGAGAGCGCAGUUCUUGCUGUGGCCUUCUCACCGGAUGGUAAGACGCUGGCGUCAGGCUUAGGGGGCCAUACAGAGUUCAAGCUAUGGGAUAUUAAGUCAGGCGCAGAGCUACAGACGCUAAAGGGCCAUUCAUCUAUAGUCUCUGCUGUAACCUUCUCGCCAGACAGCAAGAUAUUAGCGUCAGGGUCAUGGGACACAACAGUCAAGCUAUGGGACGCCAAAUUAGGUGUAACGCUACAGACGCUAGAGGGCCAUUUGGAGCAGAUUAAUGCUAUAGCAUUCUCAUCGGAUGGUAAGACGCUAGCAUUAGGGUCAGAGGACGGGAUAAUUGAGCUAUGGGAUGCAACGUCAGGCGCAGUACUACAGACGUUCGACAUUGACUAUACUGCUUCCUUUAUCUCUUUCAACAGUACUUCCCUUCUGACUGAUAGGGCUCUUUUACCGUCGCAAAUUUUAUCUUCUGUUUUUGCUAAGGAUGAGUGGUUGAGUCUUUGUACAGACCGCAUUCUUUGGCUUCCUACCGACCGUCGGGCAACCUGUGUUACUGUUUUUGGGAACGUUGUUGGUCUUGGCCAUAAAUUUGGCAGAGUCACGUUUAUGGCUUUCGAUGUUUGA